AAACCAACAGCUAAUAUGUAUAAGUAUUUCAACUCUCGUGCCUUGCGCUGGAUGCAGACUAUGACUUUUGCAAUCAAAGAGAUCAACCAGCGCAGCGACCUCCUGCCACAGCUCAAGCUGGGUUUCCACAUCCGUGACAGCUGUGAUGACAUACCUGUGUCUCUGAGAGCAUCUUUGCUGUUGGUGAACGGCCAGCCAGAGAGUGGCUCCAGAGCCGAGAGCUGUGCUGCUCUACAAAGGACAGUAUCUCCAGUAAUCAUAGGAGACGCUGCCUCUGGCGUGUCUAUGGCUCUGCUAAGAAGCCUGGGUUCUUUCCAUAUCCCCCUGGUGAGUUAUUUUGCAUCCUGCAGCUGUCUGAGUAACCAAAGGGAGUUCCCCACAUUCAUGCGAACCAUGCCUAGUGAUGCCUUCCAGAUCAAAGCCCUAGCCCAGCUGGUUAGCUAUUUUGGCUGGACCUGGGUUGGAGUCAUUGGGUUGGAGUCAGAUUACGCUCGAUUUGCCAUCCAGCUCUUUCUGCAGGAGUCUGUGCAAUACGGUGUGUGUGCUGCCUACACUCACUUCUACCCAGUAGUCUUAAAUCAGCAGGCUCUAGAUGAGCUUCUGGAUGUUAUUCAGAUGGCGUCCUCAAAGGUCAUCAUUAACUUUUGUAGUGAGUCAGAGAUGCAGAGUAUUCUAAGAGAGAUCCGACACAGGAAUAUAACUGGCCUGCAGUGGAUCGCCAGUGAGGCUUGGGCCACUGCUAAAUCACUCUGGGAAAAGUUUGGAGAUCUCCUGAUGGGAACUCUAGGAUUUGCAAUCCGGAGAGCUGACGUGAUUCCAGGGCUGAAACAACACCUCACUAGUCUCAGACCAUCCUAUAUUCAUGAAUCUGCUUUCUUGGCAGAAUUUUGGGAAGAAAUGUUUAACUGCCGACUGAAUGUGUCAGUGAACAGGCACACUCACGGGGUUGAUAGCAACUUUGACAGACUGCCAUGUAAAGGGACGGAGGAUUUAAAUGAUGUUUACUCUCCUUAUUCUGAUGUGACACAGCUAAGAGUGUCCUAUAAUGUCUACAAGGCAGUGUAUCUGGUGGCCCAUGCCUUGCAAGAUAUGAGUAACUGCACAGUCGGACUGGGGCCUUUCCUGAAUGGCACCUGUGCAGACCCUAAAAACUUUCAAACUUGGCAGCUAAUACACUACAUGAAGCGUGCAUAUUUUUCUUCGCUGGGGGAGAAAGUCAACUUUGAUCAAAACGGUGACCCCAAUGCUUAUUAUGAUCUCUUGAACUGGCAAAGGAUGCCUGAUAGUUCACUACAUUUGGUAAAAGUAGGUUUCUAUGACGCCUCCUCGUCUGGUGGUCGAAGCCUAGUCAUAAAUGGCUCAGUGAUUCAGUGGCCUAUCGGGAACCAGGCUUCCCGGUCUGUAUGCAGCGACAGCUGUCCACCAGGUUCCCGCAUCGCCAGGAGAAAGGGGGAACCCAUCUGCUGUUUUGAUUGUGUCCCCUGUGCUGAGGGAGAAGUUAGUAAUAAGACUGAUUCUUUAGAGUGCUCACGCUGCUCAGAGGACACAUGGCCCAAUAAAGCCAGAAAUCUCUGCAAUCCAAAGAUUAUUGAGUUCCUGUCAUACCAUGACUUAAUGGGUAUUGUGCUGUGUGUGGUGUCUGUUCUCGGAGCUUGUAUUUCACUCUCAUUCCUCACUAUAUUCUUCACAUACAAAGACACAGCACUGGUUCGGGCCAACAACAUGGAAUUAAGCUUCCUCCUCUUGGUGUUUCUCGCUAUCUGUUUCCUUGUGGGCCUGUUGUUCAUUGGUGAGCCUUCAGACUGGCUUUGCCGUAUCAGGUACCCAGCAUUUGGGAUUAGUUUUGCCCUCUGCAUUUCAUGCCUCCUGGCCAAGACAGUAGUGGUCCUAAUGGCUUUUAGGUCCACACUGCCAGGAAGUAAUGUCAUGAAGUGGUUUGGACCCAACCAGCAGAGAGCCAGUGCACUUUUAGGAACAGCUGUCCAGGUAAUAAUCUGUCUAAUCUGGCUGCUCACCAGUCCACCUCAUGCCAACAACAACAGAGAUUACCACAGUGCUACCAUCAUCAUCGAGUGUGUUACUGGUUCGGAGGUUGGCUUCUGGUGUGUUCUUGGAUACAUCGGCCUCUUGGCCUGCAUGUGCUUCCUAAUGGCUUUUUUUGCCCGGAAGCUACCUGAUAAUUUUAACGAGGCAAAGUUCAUCACCUUCAGCAUGCUGAUAUUCUUUGCAGUGUGGAUUACUUUUAUCCCAGUUUAUGUGUACUGUAUGUGCUGA